UGAUUGCUACGAGGGCAUAAAAAGGCAAGACCGCGGUUCGCUCCACCGUAGUUUUAUUGCAAUUGUUCAGUGUUUGUUUUUUGUUAAGAAGCUUCAUAAUGUCUGGCCGUGGAAAGCAGGGAGGCAAAGCUCGGGCGAAGGCUAAGUCUCGCUCGUCUCGUGCGGGGCUGCAGUUUCCUGUAGGCCGUGUGCACCGGCUGCUGCGCAAGGGGAACUAUGCGGAGCGAGUGGGUGCCGGCGCCCCCGUUUACAUGGCUGCGGUGCUGGAGUAUCUGACUGCUGAAAUUUUGGAGCUGGCUGGUAACGCGGCCCGGGACAACAAGAAAACCCGCAUCAUCCCCCGCCACUUGCAGCUGGCUAUCCGCAACGACGAGGAGCUGAACAAGCUGUUGGGCAAAGUCACCAUCGCUCAAGGUGGGGUCCUGCCCAACAUCCAGGCGGUUCUGCUACCCAAGAAAACCGAGAGCCAUAAAGCCAAGGGCAAGUGAGCAGGCUACUGCUGCUGCCUUUCAGGCGAGGGAGAUCCCUGCCACUCAGAGCAUGUCAACCCCAAAGGCUCUUUUCAGAGCCACUCACAAUGUCAAGAUGAGAGUUGUUAAUCCCUGUUGUGUCGCUUUGGGGUUGUUGCUUUUAUGGGGGUGUUGCGAAGGGAACAUGGAGCAGUUCAGUAAAAACUCACGGCCAGGUUGCUAACCGGUCGAAAACGUGGCAAGAAUAUACAGAAAGAAAAGAAGUACU